AAUCGAAUGAAUAGUACUCUAGUAAACAUUGGGAUAUGCAUAUGUACACGCGCGAGAAAUGCGCGCGAAAUACACAAAAAAAUGCCACAGUAGAAUUCUUGUAAGAGAAUCAUCGUUAAGUAUUACUUUUUAUCGUUUAUUUAUACGGUUUAUACCUAAAAAUAAAGUGUUAAUUAUCAAUAAUAAAAUUUUCUGAAAUUCACGUUGUGCUCGGUGGAGCGACAUUUAUAUAAAAGGUAGAAAUUAAGCUUGGAAUAAGGGCGCAAAGUUAUUAAAUUUGUUGGAGGUUAUGGAUAAUUUUUUCAAAAUAGAAAAGAUCGGUGAAGGGACGUAUGGAGUUGUAUAUAAAGCCAAAGACAAAAUCACAGGAAAGCUCGUCGCCCUUAAAAAAAUUCGUUUAGAAACAGAAAGUGAAGGUGUACCUUCCACAGCAAUUAGAGAAAUAUCAUUAUUAAAAGAACUUGCACAUCCAAAUGUUAUUCAAUUAUUUGAUGUUGUUCAAGCAGAAAAACACUUAUACUUGGUAUUUGAAUUCUUACAACAAGAUCUCAAAAAAUUAUUAGAUUCUAUGAAAACUGGAUUGAGUCCACCACUGGUUAAGAGUUAUUUAUGGCAAUUGUUAAAAGCUGUAGCUUUUUGCCAUGUAAAUCGCAUAUUGCAUAGAGAUUUGAAACCACAAAAUCUCUUAGUAGAUCAUGAAGGGUAUAUAAAAUUAGCAGAUUUUGGAUUAGCAAGAUCUUUUGGAGUUCCAGUAAGAACAUUUACCCAUGAAGUAGUAACUCUAUGGUACAGACCACCUGAAAUUCUUUUAGGUACAAAACUAUACUCUACAGCGGUUGAUGUAUGGAGUCUUGGGUGUAUUUUUGCUGAAAUGGCUACAAAAAGAGCUCUAUUUCCUGGUGAUUCAGAAAUAGAUCAGUUAUUUAAGAUAUUCCGUACAUUAGGCACACCAGAUGAAUCAAUUUGGCCUGGAGUUUCACAACUUGAAGAUUACAAAUCUAUGUUUCCUCAAUGGGAAGCUCGUAAUCUAGACGAAGUUGUUCCUAUGUUUGAUGAUAAUGCCAAAGAUUUAUUUUUAAAAUUGUUAACAUACAAUCCAAAUAUGAGGUUCACAGCUAAACAAGCUCUAGGCCAUUCUUACUUUGAGGGUGUAAAGUUAAUUCCUCCACCAAUACCAAAGAAAAAUUGAUAAUGAUAAUGGUAAAUCCAAAGUUAUAAUCAAUAUUUAUAACGAAGUCUUAAAUAUAACCAAUCAGUAAUAAAUAAGAAACAAUAUAAAAAACAAAAUUAUGAUGCAAAGGCAUUAAACAAUUUUAUUUAUAAAUUAGUAACAUAAUAUACAUCUCCAAGAGCAAUAAACGAGGAGUAAGUUAACGAAGAUAAUCAAUGAUUAACGAAUCUGUAUAUAAAUGUAAAAUAAUAAUGAAAGUGGAUAUUUGUGCAAAAUGAUCGUAAAAA